AUGCGACUACUACAUUUGAGUUCGCAGCGAAGUGAUAUUAUGCGUACUAUGAAUAAUAGUAUAUUCAUAAUGAUUGAUAAAUUGAGGCGUAGCGUUAUUACUAUUAAAUAUAACAGAAAAGCUUCAACGGAAAACGUGAUGCCAUUGGCGCCAUCAACAGCAGUUCCUCGUCGAAUGCCACAGCGACUCAUUCCGCCACAGUUAAAUAUAUCUCAUCAACGGCAACAACAAAUCAAUCCUAGUAAUCAGCAACAGCAGCAGCGCCGACGAACAAAUUUAAAUCAACAACAACAGCAGGCUGAUCCGGGGCAACAACAAGUGGCACAAAAUUCACCUAACGAGACGACUACGGGUAUUGGUUAUAAUCGUUCGGUACGAACGACAUUGACAACAACCGUACGUGACUGUUUAACACAAUUUCAAAGACUAGUUAAUCGUACACAUCGAAUGUAUGACAGAAUUGAUGACAUAAUAGAUAACAUGUAA